GUGGGCGGCUCAUCGGCUGACAUCCAAAUUUUUCAAUGAAUUUGAUAUCACACUCUCAGUUUAAGGUGGAAUGGGUAAAGUGUGCGGUAAAGUUCAUAAUUGUAUUUAUAUUUGGUACAGGCGUAUUUGAGAUUUCAGUUUUCAGUGAAGCGCGCGUGUGCUUGUUUAGAUAUGCGCAAGAGUUACCGCGAACGUGAUGCCUUCUGUGAAAAAAUCGAGCGCUAAGAAAAAGGGGUUUCGGGAGGGAAGUACGAGGUGGAGAGAGGAUAUUGACGAACUCCCCGAAGAUUCAGAUGAGGCAGAAAUUGUCUAUAUAUCAAGUGAUGAGUCUGCUCAUGGCACUGAUUUGGAUGACCGAUUACGAGUGAAACCAUCCAGGGAUAUCUGGGAACUAGAGGAAAUACAAAAUGUCUUGAAGCAGCUUCCCUAUGCGGAGGAAUUUGCCGCGCUUUUGGAAAACGGACAUACUGAAGAGUUGAUAAGUUUAGCAUCUGAUACGGAUACUGUGGGAAUAAAAUCAGCUGCCCUCUGGGCGGCUUGGAUGGGCAAGAGCUCAGUUCUAAACAAACUGUUGAAACUUGGCGCUGAUCCUAACAGUUCUGAUGAUGCUGGGAGAACCUGUUUACAUCUAACUUGUCUCGUGGCCAGUGAGGAUUGCGCACGGCUGCUCCUGGAACAUGGAGCUGAUCCCAAUAUGUGGGAUUCAACUACAGAUCGGAAAGCUACACCGUUGCAUUGCGCUGCAAGUGCUAAAUCCGUUGCAUGUGUAAAGGCGCUUCUGAGCCACGGAGCUGAUGUAAACGCAGGUUUGAGCGAACAUUCUCCACUACACUACGCAGUUUUAAGUGACGCACCGGAUGUCGUAAGAGAGCUGUUAAACGCUGGCGCAUGCCCUGACACACCGCAGGUAUUCACAGAAACACCACUUCACGUAGCCGCAUCAUUAGGUUCACCAUCAUGUUUGAAACUUUUGCUCGAUGCUGGAGCAGAUGUAAGAGCGGCCAUGGGAACUGGUCGAGCGACUGCCUUGCAUUUAGCUGCAGUGGAUGGUCAUGCGGAAUGUGCGCGUUUGUUACUAGAUCAUGGUGCUCAUAUCGAUACACCCAACUCUCGAGGCCAAACUGCACUUCAUCUAGCGGCGUUAGCACAAUCUGUUGAAGUGGUGGAACUUCUCAUGGUGAGAAGAGCAAAUGUAAGAGCUCAGGAUGUUGAUGGACGGACAGCGUUGCAUGGUGCUAUAGUCAGAGGGGCCCGCGCCUGCGAUGUUGCGAGGUUACUAUUGUCCGAAGGAGCUGACCCUAACGCCUCAGAUAACUUUGGAUAUACACCAUUACAUAUUGCAGCGCUUAAUGAGUUUUCUGCGUGUGUAUUGUUAUUAUUGGAUUAUGGAGGAGAUGUUACAUUACGCACCAACGGCGGAGUUUCGGCAUUAUCAUUCAUCGUCCGACGGGUUCCCGAUGUGGUUCCUCGAUAUCUGGGCAAGUUUGAUGACGCCGUUCAUGUCAGUGAACAUGAGUUGGGAGACGUUGAUUGCGAACUGACUAUUGACUUUCGGCCAUUAGUACCAUGUAUAUCGAGAGGCGAGGCUGAAUUGCUUCUCGCUUUCAUAGAGGUUGGCCGAAAAGACAUUUUAAAGCAUCCCGUAGCAGAGACAUUCCUUUUUUUGAAGUGGAGACGGAUCAGGAAAUUUUUCGUCCUGAGCUUUGUUUAUCACGCUUUAUUUAUUACACUUUAUAGUGUUUACAUUUUACAGUUGUUUCUAUGUGAAAAUAAAACAUGUGACAUACCAAACUACCUGCGACCGAUUCAGUACGUCAUACUUUUACUAAAUAUUUGUUUCUUGGCUAAGGAAAUUUUCCAAUCCUGUCUCGAUUGGUCUGCGUAUAUUAGACAGUGGGAAAAUUGGUUGCAAAUUGUUAUCAUCAUAGGAGUGUUUUUGUGCACGAUACCCACUUGGAACAUAGACAACGAAGACGCAAGAAAAAAUACAUCGACCUGGCAGCAUGAUGUCGCGGCCAUAACAAUAUUUUGUUGUUGGUUGGAACUAAUGAUGAUCGUUGGACGAUUUCCAACAUUUGGACUUUACGUACAGAUGUUCACAACAGUUACGGUGAACUUUGCAACAUUCCUCAUGGCGUACAGUUGCUUAUUGAUUGCUUUCGGUCUGGCGUUCAGCGUAUUGUUUAGCAACUACCCGCCUUUCCAUCUUCCAGCAGCCCUGAUCAAAACAGUUAUGAUGAUGUCCGGAGAAUUAGAAUACGAGGAUAUAUUCUAUAGCGAAUGUUCAGGGUCGGAAAUACAGUACCCGUUCACAGCACAUGGCAUGUUCUUGAUAUUUGUCCUCCUUGUAACAGUUAUUCUGACAAAUUUACUUGUGGGAUUGGCUGUUAGCGAUAUACAGGCUCUUCAAGAGAGCGCUGGAUUGGACAGACUCGUUCGUCAAACACAACUAGUAGCGCAUCUUGAAAGUAUGCUGUUCAGCUCUUUGCUGACAUGCGCCCCGAAUCAGCUGCUAGCAGUAUUACGUUGGGGAGCAUUAUUGACUGCAUCCCACAUGCGUACACUAAAUAUCAGACCAAACGACCCCCGAGAAAAUAGAAUACCGAGAGAACUGAUUGCGUCAGUCUACAAGAUGGUUGCCAGCCGGAAGGAGACGCGAAAAAGCAUACGUAAGAAUAAUAAUUACGAAUUCCGUGUAAGAAAAUAUGACGAAGAGGACGUUGAGAGGCAACAAGUUAAACGCAAGAGUUAUUUGUAUGAUCGAUUUUCUUUCGAUAAUCAAAAUGUGGAGAGACGCAAACGCACAACUUCCGACUCAAAUAGAAAUAGACCAGCGUCUUUUACAAUUAAUGCUAUACAAGAACUUUGUAUCGUCGAAAUAAAAAAUCAGUUGUGCGAUUUAUCGAAGAAGAUAAAUAAAAUGAUAGAUACAACAGAACAACGGUUAAAUAUGAUAGAAAAGAAACUGCAAGACAAGGAUCCACCAUAAGAAAAUCUGACUGUGGCUAUAGAUUAGAGCUUAAUAUUGACAUGUGAAAUUUGGAAAUAUAGAUUAGAGCUUAAUAUUAACAGAUGAGAUUUGGAAAACCUAUGUUAAUAAUAAAUUGCCAUAUGUAAUUAAAAUAGAUAAUGAAUUAAGAUAUGUUUUUU